AGGUCCUGGAGGGGCUCCUGCUCACCUGGAGCCUCGUGGUGGGAGGCUGAGGCUUGGGGGUGUCCUGGGGACCCCAGAGCAGGGCCCCUUUCUAACGGCCCCUUCGGCACAGGGUGUGGUCCCCUUCCUGGGGCCCUUCCUCCAGGAGCUGGAGAGUCUGGACAGAGAAAUGGAGGAUUUUGGGGGGGAGGUGAUCAACAAGGAGAAAUUAACAAAGGAAACUAAAAUCCUCCAGGAGAUUGUUCUGCUCCAGGAGGCCGCAGAGAACUACCGCCUGCAGCCCCACGACCAGUUUCUCACCUGGUUCCAGGACCUGGAGCUGAUCUCCAUGGAGGAAAGCUUCGUCCUGUCCUUCCAGCGGGAGCCCCCGUUUGAGGCAUUCUUCUACCACCUCCGCCAGGAAGGAGCUUCACUGGAAGCCACUGUCCACCCUUACUUUAACAUAUCCUUCAGUUGUGCUUGUGUUUAAACAAUCUCAACUAUA